UCACAUGACAGAGCCGCCGCCGCUGCUCCUGGGCUUAGUUCAGCGCUCCUCGCACUGGGAGGGGGAACCUGCUGCCGCUGCAGCCCGCUCUCCGCAGCCGCUCGCUCGGCCCCGCUGGUGAAUUUCCCGGCCGCUCGCUCCAUGCCGCUCCCCCGCUGCGGAAGUGCCGCGGGGGCAGCCUGAGGCGCAGCGCCCCGGCUCCCCGCGCUGGAAGGUGCUGCGGGGGCGGCCGGCCGGCGGGAGUAACAUGCUCACUCGGGUGAAGUCUGCCGUGGCCAAUUUCAUGGGAGGCAUCAUGGCUGGCGGCUCGGGCUCGGAGCACGGCGGCGGCGGCUCGGACCUGCCCCUGCGCUUCCCCUACGGGAGACCCGAGUUCCUGGGGCUGUCUGCGGACGAGGUGGAGUGCUCCGCCGACCACAUCGCCCGGCCCAUCCUCAUCCUCAACACGGAGACCAAGCGCCUGCCCUGGACCACGGGAUACGCCGAGGUAAUAAAUGCAGGGAAGAGCACACACAAUGAAGACCAAGCAAGUUGUGAAGUGCUUUUUGUAAAGAAGAAAGCUGGAGGCACUAAUUCCACACCAAACAAAAACACGUCCACCAAACGAAGGUCCUCACUGCCAAAUGGAGAAGGACUACAACUGAAAGAAAACUCAGAAAAUGAUGGCAUCAGCUUGUACUACUGGUCGCUGUUUGACGGCCAUGCUGGAUCUGGGGCAGCUGUUGUAGCCUCCAAACUGCUUCAUCGCCAUAUUGUGGAGCAGCUGCAGGAGAUUGUGGAGAUCGUGAAGAACUCUGCAGUCCUUCCCCCAACCUGCCUAGGAGAGGAGCCAGAAAGCAUGGUAGCUAACAGCAGAACCCUAACCAGGGCAGCCUCCCUGCGUGGCGGAGUUGGGGCUCCGGGCUCACCCAACUCCCCUCCAACACGCUUCUUUACAGAGAAGAAGAUCCAACAUGAGAGCCUUGUCACUGGGGCUAUUGAAAGCGCAUUCAAGGAAAUGGAUUUACAAAUAGAGCGAGAGAGGACUGUUUACAGUAUAUCUGGUGGCUGCACAGCCCUUGUUGUUGUGUAUAUGCUGGGGAAGCUCUACGUGGCAAAUGCUGGCGACAGUAGGGCCAUAAUAAUCAGGAACAAAGAAGUUAUUCCAAUGUCUUCAGAAUUCACUCCUGAGACUGAGCGUCAGCGACUACAAUAUCUGGCUUUCAUGCAGCCCCACUUGCUGGGAAACGAGUUCACACAUUUAGAGUUUCCAAGGAGGGUGCAGCGUAAGGAAGUUGGGAAGAGGAUGCUCUACAGGGACUUUAACAUGACUGGCUGGGCCUACAAAAGCAUUGAGGAGGACGACUUGAAGUUUCCCCUUAUAUAUGGAGAAGGCAAGAAGGCUCGUGUCAUGGCAACUAUUGGAGUAACUAGAGGACUUGGAGACCAUGACCUGAAGGUGCAUGACUCCAAUAUCUACAUCAAACCUUUUCUGUCCUCAUCUCCCGAGGUGAGAGUCUACAAUCUUCUGCAGUAUGAGCACGGACCAGAGGAUGUGCUGAUCUUAGCUACCGAUGGACUCUGGGAUGUAUUAUUAAAUGAAGAAGUGGCAGAAGCUGUCACAAACUUCCUACCAAACUGUGACCCUGAUGAUCCCCACAGAUACACGUUAGCAGCUCAGGACCUGGUGAUGCGAGCCAGGGGAGUGCUGAAGGACAGGGGCUGGAGAAUAUCCAACGAUAGACUGGGCUCAGGAGAUGACAUUUCUGUCUAUGUCAUUCCUUUAAUACAUGGAAACAACUUGUCAUGAAAGUAGCACCGACAAUGAUAAUGGGAGGGUGGUCUUUUUAGGAAGAGCCUUUGAAAAGACAUGAUGUUCAGAUCUGACAAGGACAGUUCUGAUUGAUGUAAUUUAAUCUAAACUCAUGCUGGAAGGUGAUAUUUCUGCCCAAAAGGUAGGGCUCUGCACAUAUACUGUACACGAUUAAAGGUAUCUCUUAAGGUUACAGCUUCCCUAUAUUAAUGGGUUUUGGUGCUUAACAGGAAUAGAACUUAAAUGCUGCUAAUAUAUUAUGGAUUGGUGGUCCCUGUAUUGUCCCUCCAGGUGAGGACCCCAUUGUGACCUGAAACAGGACUUAAUCUUUUUCAGUUUACCAUGUGGCGUGGAACAGCCAUUUUCAGUUGUGAAAGUAGAAAUGGGGAUUGAAAGCCAGUGACUGAUGAUUGAAGUCAUGGCUUUGGGAUGGAUCAUUUAAAAAAAAAAAAAAAAAAAAAAAAGUUAAAACUUGAUCUGACACCUGAUGUAAUUACACUUGCGAGUAACUGUCAUUCUUUUUCCAUGAAGAACUUCCAAAAAUUGUACAUAUAUGAUUGAAUUCUCAUUUUUCCCACUUGAACCCCCUUCAGAACACUCUAGAGACUUUACAGCUCCUUAUUUCACAUGCUUUGGUGGCAAAACCAAGACUGUCCUUGUGACUUGAUCUAACUCACCACAGCCAAGCCAUCUGCAAAAAUUGCCUCAGCGAGUAGGGCGCAUUGUGUUGAUACAAGAAUAAAUCUUGCAACAGGAAUUGUUUGUCAAGAUUUCCUUUGCUGUGUAACCAUGAUGCACCAGAUCUUACUUGAUGCAGAGUUCCUCUGGAAGCCAAGGUUUCUUUGGGUAGGGCUACCCUGCAGCUCAGGUAGACUGACUCAAGCCCCUAGUGCGCUAAAAAUAGCAGGAUAGACAUCUCGGCUUAGGCUGGAGCUUGGGCUUUCAAGUCUAAGAGGUUCAUGGGCUUGAGAGGCUGAGCUCCAGCCCGAGCCACAACGUCCCUAUUGCUAUUUUUAGCCCUCUAGCUCAAGUCCAUCUGCCCAGGCUGGGAGGCUUGCUCCCACCUGGAGAGUAGACAUACCUUUUGGGACCUGGGAUUUUAAUUUUUUGGCUGGUUCUGUCUGCUUUAUCAUGCACCCUAUUGAAAAGAUCACUGGACGUACAGCUUAGCGAUCAAUGUUUCAGUAAAUGUAUUUUGUCUUCUCAGUUUGGGUUUAAUUGGGUGUCUAUGGUAAAUGUUAUUGUUCUAGUUAUUAACCCGGAAACACAGAUAGCAACCUUACUGAAAAUCCCUUCACUUCGGUCUCCCUUAUUAUUCACCAUAAAAGCCCUCUGCCCUGCCCCCAUCACCAGGGUCCCAUGCUCAGAAGGUGGCAACUCACUCAUAACUCUGCACCUUUUGGUACCAGGGUAGAGGAUUAACGUGUUAGUGGAAAUCCUUGGCUUGCUUGGUCUCCUCUACCAGUUGUACUCGAUCGAUAUUAAGAAAAAUCUCUCUAAAUAAGAUACCAGUAGAAGCAACAGUGCAACAGGAAACCAUUCAGGCAAAAUGCAGUGUAGACAUAGCCUGUGUAGAGUAGUGAUUGGAGGUGUGAUUUGCAGCUCAUGUAGGCAUACCCGCACUAGCCUUAAUCUGGCUAAAAACAGCAGUGAGCUUCAGCAUGGGCUAGCAAUGCCAGGGUGUACCCAGAGGUCCCAGGGAACUUGGACAGCCUGUGCUGACACCCACACGGCUGCAUCUUCACUGUUAUUGGGACCUGGGCUAGCUAGCUGAAAGCUUGCGUGGUUAUGGCUCCACAAACUGCGAAGCACAGCUCGGAUUGCAGCGCAGACAUAACUGUGGUUCCUGUCCUAUAAACAGAGAACUCUCUUCAGUGCCACAGAUUUCAAUCCUUUUUUCAGAAGCUGCUAACAUACAGAGGGGUCCUCAUGUCUCGUGGGUCCCCUAACUGUGUACUGCUGGAGCUGCUGAUCCCAGGUUGUAAAUCAAAUUGGCUAGCUAGGAGAUACACAGUUGACAUAAUCCUAGCAGUAUGGGAGAGAAAACUAGAAACCUCACAAAUGGUAAGUUUGUCCCAAAGGAGGAAGUGCCAGUUUUAACAAGCAGAUGCCAUGUCCUUUGUAUUCCCUGAGGUGGUCACAUUUCCUUCUGAAUAGGACAGGCCUGGAGCCUUCCAACUGAGUAAUUUAUUACGUGCUACGUACCGUGUGUUUUCAGUGAAGUUCAACAGGUGUUUAGUUCAAUCCAUGGCACUACAAGUCCUGCUAUGCCACCUUGAUGUGCAAGUACAACAAUCCCAGUGUACAAGACUUAAAAGCCCCUCCCUGUAAAUAGUAAGCAGGAGUUCCACGCUGAAAUGAGGCAGUGCUGAGUGGAUAAUUUGGCUCAAACAUGCCCCAAGUGUAUGAUUGUAGCCUGCAAACUGUUCCAUGGAUUCAACAGUGCCUGGAUGUGACAGCACUGCAGAAAACACAGCUGUUUCAUAAUCCAGAACCUGCAUAAAUCGGCAGCCUAUCUACUUACCUUUUUGGCCCUUACCUCUUUUUCUUUGUGCAAACGGAAGAGAUGCAGAUUUGAAAUCUGACUGAGUCUAGAACAUUUUCCACAUAAUCUCUCAUAUGUUUUAUAGUUCAAGCAAGAGCCUUUUCCUCAUUCACCUAUUUCUUCUUUCUUUGUUUGGCCUAGUAAACUUAUCCAUGUACUUUUUCAUGGGUUUUAUAGCUAUGUGUAGCAUUUGUAGUCCUCAGUGAGUCAGUUCACUUAAAUCAGGAGGGAAACUAACUAGCGGUACUAACAGAAGGGAGCACUGGUACAUCUCAAGAUAAUGCCCGUGGUACCCGCUGUGAGCCUGAUUGAUACAAAUCCAAUGCCAGUGUGUAAUCCUUGAUUUUAGUUAGAAACAUGGUGUCCACAGCUGCCAUCAUUCAGAAGACAGGAAGAAGAAAGAUCUUUUAAUUGAAACUCAUUCAUCUGCAGUGCAAUAUGUGACUCCGCAUUACAGCAAGAGUUAGAAUAUUACUUUCCUUAAACUGCAAUGGAAAAUAUACCUUCCCAUUUAACAUUUUUAAAGAAAGAAAACAGAGACUCUCAAAUUCUGUGCAAACUGAAUUGCAGUCAACUCCUUGUUUUAAUGAGCUCUGAGGAUGUUCUAGUUUAAUAAAAAGCUUCCCAGUCAAACAUAAGUUUACUGUAAUUGUGCUGGUGUUUUUUGUUUUGCUUUUCAUUCAAAACCUCUAAGAAAUGCACAUGCUUUCCUCACUAGAAAUGUCUGCCCAAUAUUACUCCCUCUGAUAUCCUGGCUUUUACCUACACCUCAGAAGAAUAUUUGGGGGUGGGGGGAGAAUUACAGAAAAGAUAUUCAAGUACAUCUUGUUUUAUCAGAGGCUCUUGCUUCCCUUUGUAGAUUUCAACAUAUUAUGGGUCACAGCAGCAAACAUUUCUGAAGGCAAGGAGAAAGCUUUGAAAAUUUUCUUCCCACCUAUGACCACUGUUGCAUGCAUGCCAUUUUCCAGCAAGAACAUUUUGUGCCUUAAAGGCACUACUUCAGUAAUAAUGCACGUUCCAUUAGGACAGCAAAUCUCAGUCCCCACUCUUCCAAUACACACAUGCACCCAUAGUGGAUCAGCCCACAGACAAGCUCUCAUUUUGGUAGGAUAUUUGACAUGCAGGAAUUGGACUGCCUAGGAAUGAUCAGCUAUGAUGAUAAUCCUGCUGUGCCGAUCAAUAAUCCUGCUUCACAAUGCUAUACUAUCCCCCUCCAAUCAAUCAGUACUAUUUACAAAAUCAGGAAGUCAUCAAAUCAUAGACUAAUAGAAAUUAUAUAUGGAAAAUGACUAAUAAACCAUCUAGUCUAUCUCUUCUGCAGAUGUUGAAUAACUCCCUAAAGCUGUUUUUCCAAGUGCUUUCUCCAGUCUUAUUUUAAACAUCCCAAGCAAAGCGACUUCCUCUAUUCUCCUUUGAAUACUAUUCCGUACGCUAAUACAGCUGCUUCUCAAACUUUCUCCUGCCUAUGCGGCCAAAAAUUUUUCUUGCUUAAUUUAAUGGAAAGCCCAGAUAUUUCAUUUCUAUCACGUUUCUUUAAGUAACCAAUGGAGUUACGUUCGCUGAGUGAAUACAUAAUCAUACCACCUAAGAAAGCUCAUUGUCAAUAGCCCCUGCACCAGAAAAAAGAGAAAUUUCCUAAUAAAACAAAUUUAAAAGCAACAAGGCUGACUGUGUAAAGCAAAAGUGGUUUUUAGGCCACGGGACUGACAUGAAAUUAUUUACAUGAUCAAAUGUGACUAAAGAGGUCUCUGAAUUACUGUAGUAGCUAUGCCCUGUCUCCAUGCUGAUUUGAAGCACAAUACUUACAAUGUCUGGACAGGUCUUGGCUUUGAACUGUACUUGUACAUAGACGUGGUUUUAAAGGACACUACACAACCCAGCCAACUCUCUCACAUUUGUUCUUGCCUUUUUUUGCAUACAUGACAUCUUGGCUUGUAUCUAACGUGAAUUCCAGACUGUGGUAUUGCUAUUUCUUUCCAUGGCAUUCUAGAUGUGUAAAUAACAUUUUUUUUCUGUCUGGCUUUUAGAUGUAGGUAUCUUAAUGUGGCUAUCAUAUAGACAGUGACCAAACAAGACUGGAACUGUGCUGCUGUUUUCUACCUGUGGUGUACUUGAAGGAGGCUCCCUUGUCAACCUCCACCUUUUUGUUCUUCCAUGGGUACUUUAUUUUAGUACUUUUUUUUUGUUUUUUUAAAUUCGGUAGCUGCCCCAUUCCUCCUUCUGUCAUUGGCCGAGUGAGCAUAUUUUGAGGAAUGUUUGAUUGUCUAAGCUUUGUAUAGCCCGAGCAAAGAAGAAUCUGUUGGAUGAAGAUGUUUUGGACCAAUGUACUUUUGCUUUGUGACUGUGAAAUGUUACCUUUUUUGUAACCAGAAAACAAAAGUUGUUUAGUAAAGGGAUAUAUUUUGUGGGGGGUUUUGAAACUUUUAAGUGCAAUGAAAAAAAGGAGGAUGGUUAAGAAAUGUAUGCGCAAAAGUUUUAAAAUAAAAAAUUAAAUUAUAUAUAUAAAAACACUUUA